UUUGGAUCCAACGCUUAAAGUGAAUUCAUGGAAAAUUAGAUAAGAGUGAAUAAUCAGCGCGUCGCAACUGAUACAGCUGUAAAAUGUUGGCUCAGCGGAGGAAAGUUGCUAGCGCUGCGUCUCCAGGCAGCGCAGCGCGCCUGCCUCCAUCGGUCGUGCGCGGCAGAAUGCGCGUGAGGCCACAGGCACAGGCGCCGGACGCGAGGCUAGAUUGGCUCAGCACUGCCUCGCCGUCAGACUCUUGGUCGCUCGCCAUCCUUGGUGACUUGCACCUGGCGCCGGAGCAGAUGAAGCUCUUCGACGCGGCACGGGGCCACUUGGUGGACGCAAUGGCUGAGAAGGGUGGCGGGCGGGUGGUGCAGCUGGGCGACCUGGGUCACGGCAAGCACGCGUCCGGCAGCCGCAAGUGCUUCCAGUUCGCCAAGCAGUACAUGGACGGCUUCAAACUGCCGUACGGCAUGAUCCUUGGCAACCACGACCUGGAGGGGGACGAGUUCCAGUCGGAUGAGGAGAACCUGGCGGCGUGGAAGGAGGUGUUUGGCCAGCCGCACUUCUGGAGCGCCGAUUUGGGUCGCGCCAAGGUCGUGGGCCUCUCCACGGAGCGGUACCGCUCCAACGCCAACAGUCAUCACGAGGUGUACAUUCCGCAGCACCAGCUGGACUGGCUGGAGGGGCAGCUGGCGGCGCACCCGCACACGCCCUUCAUCGUGUGCACACACGCGCCGCCCAUGGGCUGCGGACUCAAGGUCAUCCAGGAGGUGCACAUCAAGAACCGCUGCGCCUGGCUGAACCACUCUGACAACCCGCGUGCGUUCAUGGACAUCGUGGCCCGCCACCGCAACGUCAAACUGUGGUUCAGCGGCCACUUUCACUUGUCCCACAACUACCCCGACUCCAUCUCAACAGUGGGAAGCGCUGCUUUCGUUCAGGUCGGCGUGAUCGGCGAGUGCAACCGCGACGGCACUCGCCAGUCACGACUCCUGUGCGGUACCGAGGCCGGCUAUCAGCUGUUCACAGUGGACCACGACACAGGCGCGUCGCGACUGGACAUGGAGGCGCGCUGGGAUGACGCGUCCGCCCCGGUGCCGGUGAUUCCGGAGGAUGAGCUGCUGUGUGACCCCGACGCAGGCUGGCUGUGCUCUGAGAUGGACUGCAAGGUCGGCGACAACAGCACGGGCUUCAUCACCUGGCACCCGGUGGGCCUCCAGACCAUCCUGGCACGUCAGGCCAACGACCUCUUGAUCGAGUACGACAUGGCAACGGCGGCGCCGCUUGGUCUGGUGACGAAGGUGCCGGAGAGCUGCAGCCUGCAGCUGCUGGCGGCGGACGGCAGCCCGGCGGCGCGCGAGGACGGGUCCGACGUGGCGGAGAUCCGCAUCUACGAGGCCAACGGCGAGCUGCGGGAAACGGUGACCCGCAACUCCUCCGGCGCCUUCUUCCGCAUCUACCAGCCCAACAAAUGGCGCCUCAAGCAGCAGAAGAAGGCCGAGGAGGCGGUGGCGGUGGCGGCGGCGGAGGCAGCGGCCCAGCAGUCGGGGUCUGCCAUGGGCUCGUACGCUGAGUAGAUGCGGGCCCAAUGCGUCGAGGUGCGUAUCGGAGAGGAGAGAGAGAAAGCUGUGAGUCGUGGUUUGGCUUGGAGGGAUAAACGAUGCAACUCCGGCCACGUAGUCAAGUGUGCGCCUGGGCUGCUGCGCAGGACAGAGCUGUCGCAGGACAGAGCCUACCGCGUAAAAACACAUUGGCUGGCACUGCGGAGUGUGAGAGGGUCUGUAGUAAUGCACGCGCCUUGCAGAGGGAGUUUGUGAAGAAUUCUUUUUAAGAUGCGUAUGGAUGCGGAUUACAAUUGAAGGGACAGCCCGACAAGCGGGGGCACGCCGUACCCACGCCGCGAAGGGCCAUCUGCGACCCAGAGAAACAACACCCGCCCCCUGGUUGGCUGCCGACCUUCAUAGUGUUACGCACA